UAGGCGUGCUGUUGGGCUCUUUUUGUUAUUCGUUCGUUGGUUAACUGACUGACUGACUGACUGAAUGACUGGCUGGCUGCUUGCGUGCGUGAUGCCUGCAGCUUCCCUGCCUGACCGGCUGAAUGCUGUUGGCCGCAACUGCUACGAUUCGUUGGUGGCUGCCUCUUCGCAGCCAUCCGGUGCUCGCUGACCGAGUUGUUCCCCUUUGCUACGACUCGUGCUGCUGUGACUCGUACUGACAUUGCUUGCUACUGCUGAUGCUGCUAGUUGCAGCGGUCGCAGGCUGAUGCUGACUGAAUGGUGGAUUGUGAAACAGCAGUGGAUAUUGUGGAUGUCGGUUGGACACAGCAACAGCAGCGUCAAUGACAGCAACAACAGACGUACUUUGCGGCAUCGCGGCCGACUGCCGGUCGCCGAUUAGCAGCAGCAGCAGUAGCAGUAGCAGUAGCAAGUAAGCGACGGACGGCUAAAACAGGAGAACAAGGAGAACAGAAAGAGAUAAAAACACUGAUAUGGACCGAGGCACCAACAAACGAUAUUUGAGGACAGACGGCAGCUACGCAAGUUGGUGUCAGCCCCAUAAAGAAUGACAAAUGAAAUAAUACUUUCAAUAAGGCUAACGAUUAUGGAAAAUUUAGCUGUUCAGUCACGCCAACUCGAUCAGUAGUAGGCGUGCGUGCCCACGUCACUCUAAGGCGGACAUGGUUCCAAGCAAAGCAGGGCGAUAGAGAUCCAUGACAAAGGCUACCCAUGGCGAUGCAAGCUCCGCAGACACCAUCCCAAUCAGCAUACCGUCAAAGUUUUUACUAUCGGAGAGCUCGUCGUCUCUCAAUGAGGAUAUGCCUACUGUUGGAGUGGGAGUUGACCCUGAGACGCAAGCUCGACUCGAGGCCAUCCUCAAUGCCACUGGACUUUCCAAAUUUUCCCUCGAAGCCAAACAGUUUAACGACCCAGAAGUUUUGCGUCGAUUGACUACCUCAGUGAGCUCUGCACUUGAUGAGGCUGCGGCUGCUUUAACGCAAAUGCGGGCUGAACGUGCAGGAGCCGCUGCUGCUCAACAGUUGCAGCAACAACAGCAGCAGCAACAGCAACAAACCACCCCUGGAGGCUGCACGGGGCUCCAGCAAGCGGCUACUGGGGUGCCGCCAGGCAGCAGUGCGCCUGUGAGCGCACUGGCAAUACCCAGCGCCGCCGUACCUACUGCCCUCCAGGUGCAACAGCCAGGCGCAGCACAGCAAGCAGUUGGUCCCGGGGGUAGUUCAUCGUCGUCAGCGUCGUCACCGUGCAGGUCGCUUGUCGAUGCUUGCAUGGAUGGCGAUAUUACGACAGUGAAGCGCUUGUUGGACACGGGUCGCGACGUAAAUCAGAUCACGGAAGAGGGCGAAUCGUUGUUAAGUUUAGCAUGCGCGUCGGGCUAUUUCGAGUUGGCUCAGCUGCUGCUUGUGAUGCGAGCUAACCUUGAAGAGCGAGGCUUAAAAGAUACCACCCCGUUAAUGGAAGCGGCUAAUGCCGGAUAUUGUGACAUCGUGAAACUUCUUCUGACCCAUGGUGCAGACGUAAACGCGAAGACACAACAAGGCAACACGGCCUUGAUGUUUGCCUGCUCAAACGGUUUCGAAGACGUGGUGCAGGUGCUGUUAGAAGCCGGUGGAAAUGCUGAAGCGCACAACGAAAAUGGGCAUACGCCACUGAUGGAGGCGGCGUCUGCUGGACAGGUGGCAGUGGCGCGUUUACUUGUAAAACAUGGCGCACAGAUCAAUUCGCAUUCAAACGAGUUCAAGGAGAGCGCACUGACCCUCGCCUGCUAUAAAGGCCACCUUGAAAUGGUUCGUUUUCUUCUCGAGGCCGGCGCAGAUCGCGAGCACAAAACGGACGAGAUGCACACAGCGUUGAUGGAGGCGUCAAUGGACGGGCAUGUUGAAGUGGCACGGUUGUUGCUUGAUUCUGGAGCUCAGGUGAAUAUGCCACAGGACUCGUUCGAGAGCCCUCUAACCCUAGCUGCUUGCGGAGGUCACGUUGAGCUGGCACAACUUCUUCUUGAUCGAGGCGCUAACAUCGAAGAGGUUAAUGAUGAAGGAUACACCCCCCUCAUGGAGGCUGCAAGAGAAGGUCACGAGGAAAUGGUGGCGUUGCUACUGUCGCAAGGAGCUGAUAUUAACGCUCAGACGGAGGAGACGCAAGAGACGGCGUUAACGUUAGCGUGCUGUGGCGGUUUCCUCGAAGUGACCGACUUCCUCAUCAAAGCCGGCGCCGACCUCGAGUUAGGAGCGUCGACCCCACUCAUGGAAGCAGCGCAGGAGGGUCAUGUGGACUUAGUGCGGUACCUGAUCGGCGCAGGCGCGAGUGUAAACGCAUGUACAGCGACAGGCGAUACGGCUCUAACCUACGCAUGUGAAAACGGUCAUACGGACGUGGCCGACCUGUUGCUUCAGGCAGGCGCAGCGAUGGAGCACGAGAGCGAAGGUGGGCGAACACCUCUAAUGAAGGCUGCUCGCGCGGGUAAUGUAUGCACCGUCAAGUUUCUUUUGGCGAAAGGCGCAGAACCAAACAAGCGGACGACAUCUAACGAUCACACGCCAUUGUCUUUAGCCUGUGCGGGUGGACACCUGCAAGUGGCGCGCAUGUUACUUGACGCCGGUGCGAAUCCUGCACAUCGACUAAAAGAUAAUUCCUCGAUGCUAAUCGAAGCAGCCAAAGGCGGGCACCUCGACACAGUCCGAUUGUUACUCGACUACAGGAAAGAUUGUCCGUUGGGUUUAGGCUCAACAACGCCAACCGGCACCGUCACCACGCCGCCGACCACAACGGCAAUUGCCGGCACAGUUUCGGGCGUUCCCGCUAUUGCCCCUGCUGUACCUGCGACAUGCCCCGCCGCUGCAGCGAUCGCAGCUGCAGCGGCAGCUGCCACAGUCCCGGUAGUUCCAUCUGGGGCAUCAGCAAAGACGUGCAUCCAUAAAAUGCAGGACAUGAAAGACGCAACCGCCGUGCCUGCACCGCUGCCGCCUAAUGCGCGUAUUCCACCACCAUCUGAUAACUCGUCGACAGCUGCUGUUGCUGCAGCACCAGCAGCAGUCGCUUCAAUAUCGGCCACUCCCGCAGUUGCACUUGCCUCUGCACUCUCCGGUGGUGCGCAGGGCAAAGACGCAGCCGAGCUGCGCGCUGAUUUUGAACAGUGUCUGAGUUCGAUCAUGAAAGGCGGACCGAUGUUACCAUUAGCAGCGGCAGCAACAGUAGCAGCUCAAGGUGGUGUUUCGACGAGCGAAGAAAAGCUGCGCAAUAAGCAGCAGAUUCUUGAGGAGCUGCAGAAAGUCGAGCGCGAAUUACAAGAGAAAGUUCCUAAAAGCUGCAAAACGGAUGCGCGAGGAUUUCUGACGUCUCUUGUCAAUAACGCCGUAAAUGAAACUGCUCAUUUUGUCGCCCAGCAACAGCCCGAUGCGACUUCGGCUAUAGCGGCUGUAGCCACCGUCACUGCAGCUACACCAACGGGCGCUUCUUCAACGCCUACAGUUCCAUUGCCGGCUGUAAGUGCUGUCAUCCCUUCCGUCGACGGAUCUGCUCAAGUUGCAGUAACACAGGCCAACGGCGGUCUAAUGGUUGCUGCUCCUCCGCGAACACUCCAGCAGGAACAACAACAGGAACAACACGUUGAGCAGGAACAAGAUGCAACAGCAAUAUGCACGGGUGUUACAGGAACUGCUGGCCAGAUUAUUCCUGUCAGCCCAGCGACGCCUCCUGUAGCUGGCACUGUUCCGCCGCCUAACGUAAUAGCCGGAACGGGUGACGUUCUUGCGCCGGGCUCGCUGUUGCUCGACGUCGAGUGGCAGACGGAUUCAAAUCACGACACUGCGCUCACACUGGCGUGUUCCGGCGGCCACAAAGAGCUGGUCGGUUUGCUGAUCGCUAAGGGCGCUAACAUUGAGCACCGUGACAAAAAAGGCUUCACCCCGCUCAUGCUCGCCGCAACCGCAGGACAUGCUGCGGUGGUGGAUGCUUUGUUAGAGCAUGGCGCACAGAUGGAAGCUCAGUCGGAGCGGACCAAGGACACGGCAUUGUCUCUCGCCUGCUCGGGCGGCCGACUCGACGUCGUCGAAAUGCUGCUCGGGCACGGUGCAAAUCGUGAGCACCGCAAUGUGUCCGACUACACGCCUCUGUCGUUGGCAGCCAGUGGCGGAUACGUCAACAUUAUUCGACUCUUGCUCCAUCACGGAGCUGAAAUCAAUUCUCGUACAGGCUCCAAGCUCGGAAUCUCGCCAUUGAUGCUUGCUGCUAUGAAUGGACAUGCAGCUGCCGUUCGGUUGUUGUUAGACCAAGGCUCAGACAUUAACGCACAGAUUGAGACGAACCGAAAUACAGCCCUUACUCUCGCUUGCUUUCAGGGACGACACGAGGUCGUGUCGCUUCUGCUCGAUCGUAAAGCUAAUGUUGAACACCGAGCCAAGACGGGAUUGACGCCCUUAAUGGAAGCUGCAUCAGGAGGCUAUGUGGAUGUAGGCCGAGUACUGCUCGACAAAAGUGCAGAAGUAAAUGCAUCUCCCGUGCCGUCGUCACGUGAUACGGCGCUUACGAUCGCCGCCGAUAAAGGUCACCUGCGAUUUGUAGAAUUGCUCCUAGAACGGAACGCUGCGGUUGAUGUUCGCAACAAAAAAGGCAACUCACCCCUUUGGCUGGCCUGUAACGGUGGCCAUUUAGAUGUGGUGCAGCGGCUCGUGAGUGCGAAUGCGGAUAUUGAUUCGCAAGAUAACCGCAAGGUGUCGUGUUUGAUGGCGGCGUUUCGUAAGGGUCACCAUAAAGUAGUCAAGUGGAUGGUUCGCAACGUGAUGCAGUUCCCCUCAGAUCAGGAAAUGACGCGGUACAUACAGACGAUUAGUGACAAGGAGUUACUUAAAAAGUGUGAGGCAUGCAUGCAUACCAUUCACCAAGCAAAAGAAAGGCAGGCAGCUGAAGCUAAUCGGAAUGCCAGUUCGUUGCUUAAAGCCCUUGAAGAGGAGAAGACACGUGAAGAACAGAAGAAGGCAGCUGCGGCUCGCCGACGGGAGAAAAAACGGCUGAAGAAGAAGGCGAAGCAGGUCAGCGCCUCAGGAAAGGAUGACGAGGAAGAUGAUGAGGCCGACGCCGAAGUGACCGAGGUAUCUGGUUACCAACCGGCUGAGACACGACCUCCGACCAUCGAUGAGAUCUCGAGAGCCGGUGGAAGCCCCACAUGUAUCGUCCCCCAGAGGAAAAGCAACCACGGAAGUCCACCACCUGCUCCUAAAAGUGUCUCACCUCCGCCCGUCAUACGAGUGGACAAGACCCCACCACCACCUGUUUUAUCUCCCCCACCUCAAUCGGCAGCUUCUAAUAUCAACAGCAGUAAUAACAAAAACAAUAACAACAAUAGCAACAAUAACAAUAAUAGCAACUCUACAAAUAUGAGCACAAAUUCCGUAUCGUCGUCAAACGCAGCUGCGUCCACAGCUCCUUUGUUUAACCGCAAAGACCGUAAGAAAAACUCCGACCGAAAUCGUGUUGAGCCAUUGAGUACUCAGCCAUCUAACAAUUCGCUAGCUUUGGGAGCCGUACUAAUGCUGAAAAACCUUCGAAUAAACGAUUCCAACCAACAACAGCAGCAACAAGGUGCCAGCGAACGGAAUCCCAGUAAUUCGAAUCAAACGUCCUAUUUGAGUCCCUCUGGUAAAGACGAACAUCCAUUUGAAGCAGUAACGACCAGUCGUCAAAGGAAUAAAAUAUCACCGAAGCCUCAGCAAGCAUCAGGCGGAUCCAGUGGGGCUCGAGAGGAGGGCUGGAAAGAAGUUACCCGAAGAACUAAAAAAGUCACUGUGCCUGCAGCCGCAAUUUCGCGGGUCAUUGGUCGUGCUGGAUGCAACAUUAACGCGAUCAGAGAAAUAUCUGGUGCACACAUCGAAGUGGAGAAACAAAACCCGAAGGCGAACCAAGGAGAGCGUACGGUUCUCAUCCGUGGCUCAGCUGAAGCUACCAAGCACGCGCAGAACCUUAUCGCCGGCUUAGCAGACGACGCUGACGCCGAGCUUGUGGAUGUUGUGCAACGCUGUGGAUUAGCCGGAGUAGCUGCACGUGCGAAAGGGCUAAAAAAUUCCGGUGGCGGCAGCAAGUCGGCGGCACAGCUAACGCCGUUCGUUGUUCUCGCGGGGCCUGCUAAGGCCAAGGUGGUUGUUCAGCCUGCGCCGCCACCAGCGCAGCCUGCUUGGAGCACACCUGGCAAUAAUCCAGUGCUAAACCACAAGCCACAAUCACCGCAGCUUAUUUCCGCAACAUCGUCAUCCUCGUCACCAUUGGCAACGUCGUCUGCCCCACAGCCCGAAGCCAGGGCAUCGAAUAACAAGAAGACAAGCCCGCUGCUUGAUCAAGGCGGCAGUGCCAAGUCUUCCCACAGCUCUUCUCAUCAUCACGCCAAUAACAGUAUCACCACUGGAAGUACACCUUCGAGCCAGACUUACCAUCACCAACAACAUCACCAUCAUCAAUCGCCAGCGAAGUCUACAAAGGAGCCAUCACCAGCGCCCGUCAUCGCCGCAUCGGAACUGGCCCGUUCAGCCAGCGCCGGGCAAUCGACCUCCCCCACUCCGCAGCCGCAGCCUUUCUUGUUGUCCUCCCGCAGCUGGCAUCAACAACAACAGCAGUAUCAACAGCAGCAGCAGCAGCACACACGUCAGCAGCACCAGCAGCAGCAACAGCAAGCGUGGGGUAAUGGUGGAGACGUUGGUGCUUCGACCUCAUUGUCCACGUCGAAAGGUUGGUCUUCAGCUGCCCAUAACAACUGCACAGGGAUAGGUGGUGGGGGCGAUCGGCUAUUCUUCGGCGCCGUUGGAUCCACUACGUCAAAGUCCGGCAGCGGUGUUGGCCCAACACCUGUCUCCGCCACGGCAUCUGUUACCUCGCCUCCUCAGUCCCCUAGGGCUGCCUCAUCAGCGUCAUCAUCGCUGUCACCGCGAAGUGAAGAGGAAUCCUCGCCAACUGGAAAAUCACAUAACACCAAGAACAACAACAGCAACAAUCAUAAUAACAAUAGCAGUAAACAACAUCAUGCCGCCGCUAACGCAACAAUAGGCCAACCGCAUCAUCAUCAGCAACAGCAGCAGCAGCGUGCUUCGGCGGGCAACACGACUGCCGCAGCAACAAUGAGCAGUCAUAGUAGCAGUGUUAACAGCCAUAGUAACAGCAGCAGUACUCAUCACAGCGCGACGGGAGGAGCACCAUCUGUGGGCGGUUCACUGUCAGCUCACGGCUCUCCGACGAACUUCCGGCUACUCAUAUCAUCGGCAAGUGGAAGUCAACAGCACGCAGUCGUAGCACAAGGGGCCACAAGCAGCAGUACUGGAAGCGGCGGCGGUGCGGGCGCUCCUUCAACACCUGCCACACCUUCAUUUGGACCAUCAUCUGCUAGCAGUUCUCAUUCCUCGCCGACACCGACAGGCGGCUCUGUCGUCACUAUCGGUGGUGUUCCACCGGCAACCAAUAAUGUCACUUCAUCUACUACGAUCGAUUAUCAUGUGGCAAACAACAAUAAUAAUAACAAUAACAAUAAUAAUACUAAUAAUAGCAACGCCACCGCCCCCUGUUCAACUCCAUCAAGUGCUACCGUUAGCGCGAGUGUCGUGAGUCCCGCAAGCGUCGUCGCUUCUUCGGCAGUCGUCUCUCCGUUUGUCAAUGGAAGUUCAGCCACAACGACUCCGGUUGUUUGCGGUUCGGUGUCGUCGCAAAAUGAGAACAACGGUCCGACUCGACAGCACGUGAGUACGUUGCUCGACCUACCUGAAACACCUGCCCCGUUAAUAGCUGCCCAGGUUCCAAAUCCUGUGGGUACCGGUAGUGGUUACAAGUACAGCCAGCAUCAUCAUCACCAGCAGCAGCAGCAGCAGCAGCAACAACAGCUGCACCAGGCCCAAGCAGCUGUAGCAGCCGCAGCCACUCACCAUACAGUGGACCCGAUGUCCAUGUAUGCCAGCAACAAUAACAAUGCCCCCAGCCACAACAGCUUAAACCCUGCUGCCGCCGCCGCGCACCUUCACCAACAGGGGGUUGGCCAUUUAGGCUCACUUAACAGCCAUAUACAGCCACCCGUAUAUCACGGUGCCAUGCACCUUGGCCACAAUCAUCAUCAAGACAUGAACGGUCAUGCGCAUCAGACUCACCAUCAACUUGCGCCAGGUCAUGGCGCCAUGCCCAGCCAUCUUCAGCAGACAACUGGUAGCAGUUUGCAGCCACAACAGCAACAACAACAACAGCAGCAACAGCAACAGCAACAACAACAACAGCAGCAACAGCAACAGCAGCAACAACAACAACAACAACAACAACAACAACAGCAGCAGCAGCAGCAGGCUCAACACCACCAUCAUCACCACCAUCAUCAUAUAGACCGGCAAAUGCCACCGUUGCCAAUCGGCACUGAACGUGCCCAGCAGCGCAAAACCUCAGCGAUGCCUGUCGUAUCGAACCCCAACCAUCAAAUGUGGAACUCCUUAACACAGACAGGAAACAUGCCUCCUCUGGCCGACACCGAGCGUCACUGGAACCAUCAUUAUCCUACGGGAACAAUGGAUCCCUUGGCAUCUAUAGCGGGUGGACCCGAUGCGUUCUUGCUACGUUCGCUUAGCUCCCACGGAAAUCAUGGUGGUGGUGGAGGUAUGCCGGGCCAUCAUUCAGGACAUCCCUCACUGCCUGAGUCGUUGCUAGGCACCCUUGCGACCACCCCGGGUGUUCCGUUGAGUGAUCUUUAUGCCGCUAGCCAGCAGAGCGUCGCUGGCGCACAUCAGAGUCAUCAAAGUGGAACAGGUCAUCAAAUGGCGGCACAUCCUCAUCAGAACAGUGGAAUGGGAGCGGCAUCCGCUAAUGUUCUACAUGCCGGAAGUCAGCACUCAGCCGUAAUGAACGGGGGCGGCGCCGGGCUAAGUGCUAUGAACGGAGGCGGAGGACUGAAUGGACUCAUGGGAGCCGGUGGCCAGGGUGGAACUGGAAGCUACAUGUUUAGUGGACAAGCUGCUGACCCUUGGGGACAUCAACAUCACCCACAGCACCAUCAGGUUAGCCAUCAAAUGGGACCCCAGCAUCACGUCGGCCAUACUGUACACCAGACAGGGCCCCAUCCACCACCCAGCCAUGGCUCGCAUGGUCACAAAGGCAUGCACAGCUUUCCCCAAAAGGGGAUGCCGUGGAGCUGGCUAGCGAAUAACCCGCCACAAUAAACAGGAGAAGUGAAGCUUGUGGCCAAUGCUUGCUGCCAGCUGAUGCUGACUUACCCUCAACAUUUUAAACAAGAUACGUGCUUAUUUUUUUUUGGCGCUAUCUGCACGGUUCACCAUGCGUAUACUAACAUCAUCGUGCCGUUGACGGAGUACUUCAGAUGAAUGAUGAUACAGACGUAACGUUGAUAGGACAUCUCUGAACGAAAUCGGAGGCAUGAGAAACCAACGAGUGGCUAACAGCACGUAUGCUUCCUCCUCCGCAGAAGACAGGCGCGCUUGCUGACUUUUAUGGCGAUUUCUAUAGAUUUCUUCUGUAACUGACACACACUCCGCAAUCGGUGAUUUCAUAACGUCGCCUUCAAGGCAUCACCAUGGUGAUGAAUACACCUAGCUGCUUAUUUAUCCAGUGAACCAAAUCAACACAUAAUAGGCAACACACACACACACACACGUUUAUACCAACAUUAAUAAACGUAAUCAGUAACAAUCCUUAAUAGAGAAAAGCAGAGGAACAGCGGGUCAACAAAAUCUACCUAAUUACGUAACGCAUCGAUCAUUCUAGUGAUUAUAAAAAGGAUAACGUUAGAGCGAAUUGAUUGAUGCAUUAAUUAGAAGAAUGACGAUAAUAUGAUAAUAGUAGCUAAGAGUAAAAACAAAAAACCUCGGUAAAGUCGUGUUAACGAGUACGCAGAAAGAUGGUUGGUAACAGGUACGGCUGCGACACCAUAAGUCGUUCAUUGAAAAGAUCGAACGAAAAAGCGCAAAGAAAAGGCAUAAAGGUUACGAUUAUAAUUAACAAUUUGUUUGUGAACUAUCUACGUACAACUACAUCUAACUAGAAACGAUAAAGAAAACAAAAACAGAACGCAAAGGUGCGCUAAGUUUGUGAAUGGGCAGUUGCAGCUUGCUGAGUUGAUGACGUCUGCAAAACAGUGAUGGUAAUAAAAACGGUAACCGAUGUACAACGACGCUCGACACAAGGAAUACACAAUUGGCUGAAACAGGCAACGGCAAAAUGUUCUUGUGGGGGUAAUCAGUGAAAAUUUUUGGCCCCAUAGUUCGAUAGGCGACAUGGCGUAUGAUAUUGUUGAUGCUGCUGCUGGUGAUGUUAGUUCAACUGCAAACCGAAGGCAAAAAAAAAACUGACGAAAUACAUGAUAAUUAAGAUGAGAAUGAUACUGAUGGUAAUAUUGCGGGUGAUGCUGCUAAUAGCGAUGAUGCAUGAAGAUGAUAAUUCUAGAAUAACAAAACAACAAAAAAAAAAAACAAACAAUUAACUCCUUUUCUCCUUGCAAUUACAAAUGAGGCUAUAAGGAAAAAUGACUAUGUUAACGGUAAUUAAUGAUAAAACGAUAUUGAUGAUGAUUAUGAUAAUAAUGUAACAAAAGAAAAACGAAUACAAGCAAGGUGAAGAGCAAGCAAGUAGGCUGCGGCAUGCUUGAAGAGCGAGAUUGUACACGAAUAUACACUGAGAGUUGGGCGACGAGUGUAGCCGCUAAUAUUGCGGAACUAAAAAAAAAACCCUAUUAUCAUUCAGAAGCAGAAAAAAUAAGGCACCGAAGUGAGCGAAACAUACGGUAGAAAAAGCGGCACAAGAAAAAUAAAAACAAAAACAAAGCGUGUUAAUUAA